AUGGCCUCAGAGGACAACAUCUGGUUCUCACCAUUACCUGUCGUUUACAGCCCGCCCUCCCCUACCACGCCUUCCGGACCCAGUCAAUCCACCCGGCACCCCCUUUCUCAUGACCAGAUGGAGGCCAUGUUGGCCCAAAUUCGUCUUGAGAUGGAGGAACUUCGUACACACGAUCAAUUGGAAAUCGACUUCCGGCAACUUCGCGUGGAGCGUCGAAUGGACCUCACAGAGACAUCUGACAGCGCCAUGUCAGUGCAGAUUGAUCACAUCAAGCAGGAUAUGCAUGCGCAGCGUGCACUCCUCUCUGAGUGCACCGCCGAAGUAAGAGGCAUUGUCAGGUACCUCAGGGAGCAGAGAUCCGGUCAAGCGACAGCAUCAAGUCCACCGGCAUUCAAUCCACCCCCCAUCACAGCUCCCGGCCCAUCCAUCAGUGCGUUUGCCCGCACUGUGACCAACAAUGUCUUCACUCCGGAUGUAUCUUGGAUGGGUGCCCAGACCAGUGGUGAUACAUUUGGUGACACUGCAGAUGGCUCACCGGUCGCAAGGCACAACUGGGUGUCAUCCACCCCCACCAACAUCCCGCCAUUGACAAUGAGGGAAUCUGGCUCGUCUGUUCCUCCGGUUGGGUCACCACCUGCGCAAUCUCCUGAUCUCCCAGUCGCCGGGCCAUCAAGUGUGCCAGCUGAUGCGCAGUCCAUCUCAGCUCCUUUGCCACGCCCAUGA